AUGAUGCUUGAAGGAGAGAGCAGGAAGAAAAGGUGGAGCUCGUGUGAGAAAAAGCUAGUCUCAACCGGUUGCCAAGACCCACAGGAAGCGCGCAAAGAUGAGGAGCCCAAUGGCAACGAAGAUGUUUCGUCCAAGGUCGGUACUGAAGAAGGACGGAGGAAGCGGAAGAGUGAAGAUCAAGCCGGAGAAACGUCGACAGGAACGAAAAGUUUCCGAAUGGAUUGUGCCGUAGAAGGAGAGAGCAGGAAGAAAAGGUGGAGCUCGUGUGAGAAAAAGCUAGUCUCAACCGGUUGCCAAGACCCACAGGAAGCGCGCAAAGAUGAGGAACCCAAUAAUGGCAACGAAGAUGUUUCGUCCAAGGUUGCGAUGGUAAAUCGAACCCUGAUGGCCGGGAGCGACCUCUUGUCUCCACCGGUGGCAUCAUCAUCAUCACCAUCCGCCUGCAUCUCCUCGUCUUCCUCCUCGGCAACAACCAUCAUCACUGCGUCGUCUUCGGCGUCACCUUUCUCUCGUCGUCCAGAGUCUGCCGGUCCUCAAGUACCUUCUUCUGCUUCUUCCUCGUUGUCGUCUUCAUCUUCCUCAUCGUCAAGCGCCACGACUGCUUGCUCGUCUUUCGCCAACCUCCGCUACGAGUCUGGCCAAUUUUGGUCGGCGCCGAAUUCCGUGUCGGCCGAGUUCUCGCCGCCGCCGCUCGUCUACGACGCCCCCGAAACCAACACGGAGCCCGUUGGAGAGGAUGACGAGGACCAGGAAGUGGCGGACGUCAUGGCGGCGGUGGUGGUUGCUGUGGCGUCCGAGACGCAGUCUGAACCGCGUGAAGAAGAACUCUGUGAAGAUGAGGACGACCAAUUGCGAGGAGGAGGAGGAGGAGAAGAGGAAGAAGAAGAAGAAAAGCAGCAUGACUCGCCCGAAGAGAAGGAUCAAGGGACGCAGUCGGAAGAGCUUGAACGAGAAGUUUCUGAAGAAGAGGAAGAAGAACGAGAAGAAACUGUGAAGCCUCGCGAUGGGAAGCGGAGUUCUCCUGAGCAGAAGAUUAAACGCAAACCUGCCGAAAAGAAUACAUUGUCGGAGACGCAAAAGCCGAUCAGCAUCACGACGGACCCGGCCAAGCUUGGCCCAGUUUCCGUGACGGUGACGAGUGCGCCACUGGAGGCGGCAGUGGGUGCGCUGUCUGGCGCCGGCGCCGUGCCAGUGUCGCACGUGACAUCUCCCAACGUGCUCAUUGCGGACAAUGUGCAGUCUUUGCCGCCGUUGACGGUGCCUCUGGUGACUGGCGGAUUCCCGGGUGUCAACUCUGGCCCGCCGGUCUUGCAGCUCGUCAACACUCUGGCUGGCCCGAUGCUCGUGCCGUCGUCGGACGCGUUUGCCGGUCAACGAAUUCUGACCCAGACGAUGCAGCAAAAGUCGGAUCAAGUGCCGAUCCAACCUGGCCCGUCGUCGCAGCAGCCCGGAGAGGCCAUUCACCACCAGCAGCAACAGCAGCAGCCCCUCAACUUCCUGCAGACCUUUUCCAUGCAGCCGACUUUCGUGGCAGCGACACCUAUGAUGGACUUUGCCCGCGUCACGUACACCAACUCGACCCACGGCGUCCUGCCCACUGGCCCGAACCAGCCCGUCAUCCAGACCCUCACCAACGGGGGACUGGGCCAGAAGUUUGUCCUGCAACCCGGGAUGCGACCCAUUUUGCAGGGUGGUCAACAGCACCAGGGCUUGUUCCAGUCCCAGUCGGACGGCGCCGUUUAUGUUGCCGUCUCCACGGCGUCCCAUAUACAGGUGCAGAGCAGCCCGUUGUCGUCGCCGGCGAAUGUCAAGUCCAAGGCGUCAAAAAAUACCUGAACCUCUCUUUCUUUUUCUUUUUUUCUCUUCGUUUGCACACUUAAUUUUAUAUUGUUUGUGAUUCAGGAUGUGUUUUGUUUUCCUAUAGCUUCUUACUGUCUGCAUUGUUGCCAAAAUCGCGUUGGAAUCUUUUUCUAAAGAAUUUUUGCUUCAACUUGAACGUCUUUUAAGAGGGCUUCUGCUUUUCGCAAGUUUCCGUCGUUUUUUUUUCUUUGAUGGAUCAAUAUGGUUAUUUUUUCGGGAUUGUUGGCAAAGUUUUUGAGGAAAUCUUCCCCGGCUUUAACUGACCUAGCAGCUACUGGAGGACUCAAUCUUUUCGCGACGUUCACGUUGCCUUUUUUAGGAUGCAGUUUUUACCAUCAUAAUUGCGGAAAUCGAUUUGCUGCAAUUUUGAAAGAUAAUUUUUUCCUUCAACCUAAGAGGUCUCAAAUGAAUAGUUCUGUAUCUCCAUACGGCAGUGAUCCUUUGGAUGGUUCUUCAUUUGGCCGAUUCAAUGACGUAAUUUUUUUUUUCUUCAGAAAUUUGGCCUAUAUACCUGAGAUUAUUUGAAACCUUGAAAGAAUAUAUUGAAAAUGUUGAUAGUUUGGAUAUCUAAAAGUAUGGUAAUGCUUUUUAAAGCCUCUGCGUGUAAUGAAUUACGCUAUUCUUCAAUUACCGUCGAUUCCUUUGCAGAAAUUUUUAUGAACUGUUUUUGUUUCAAUUGAAACCUCUCAGUUUGUGCAAAAUACUAUGGUAUGUUGAAUUUUGUUUUUAAGAAUUGCAUUUUGAGAAGAAAUCUCAAAAUUCUCUUUCUUGAUUAUUUUCCAAUUUGUAUGCUGAGAAGUGAAAUGAUUUACUAAUAGGCAUUUCGGCGAUGAAAUUGUUCUGCAGUUUUUCAGCAAAAGUAUUUGCUAAUUUUUUUCAACGAGUUGUUGGAAAUUUAUGAGAAUUUUUUCGGGGUUUCAGUAUUAAUUAUAGAUCAUGCAAAAUCUUUGGGGAAUGGGAAACCCGUGACAGAUCAUCCCAGAAUUCUCGCAAACUUUUUGGGAGAUGGACUGAGUUAUGUUUUAAAAUUUUUGGGGGUGUGUCACCAAUUCAUGGAUGUCUUUGCUUCUUUUAAAAUAUUCCGAGUUAUUAUAUCUGCGCAAAAGUGAAAGAUUUUCAGCGCUAUGUUAACCUAUACUCUUGUGACGCGUUUUUUAUAUCUUUGCGAUAUCAUGCGACCGUUUUUCCAAUUUUUUUCCGAGAAUUUUGGAAAAUGUGGAAGAGAGAAAUUGAAAAUUUCUGAGAGGCAUUUUUCGUUUUGCCACCAUUUUGUGAGAACUUGGAAUGAAUGAGAACCUCCCUCCCUUUUCUCAAUCGGAUUUCAACUCUACUGACUAUACAUCAUCGUGAAGAGCUUUUUUUUAAAAUAAAAAUACAACAUACGCGAUUUCCUCGAGAACAAGUACAGUAUGUUUGGAAUCUUCCCGCCUCGUUGUGCCAGAUUUUUUUCUUUUUCCAAAACUUCGUUCAUUCUUCGAGUGUGUCAAUGAUGUGGGGUGUGAAGAGGCGGGUUAGAGUUUAUUUUUUUACGGAACGGAAGCAAACCCGGGAUCGGACAUGUUGUAUUUGAAUGUGAGACGGGGAGGAAAAGAGAUCGAAAAAAAACUAGUGGACUUUUUUUGUUUGUUUUAGCCCGGUUUUAAGAAGCGCGAGGUUGGAAUUCGUAAGUCACCGGUUUUGUUUUUUUGAGCCUAGAUGUCGCUCGAAGAAUCCCGUUCGGUGUGUUUUUUUUGUUUUUCUAUUCGAUCAAACAUAGUUACCCAAAUGAGAAAGUAAACAAGUACUAAUCGUCACCGUAUAUGGUUAUAGUAUAUGCACUUUAAGUCCCUGUGACAAGUUUUGUUUUUUUGUUCGAGAAAAACCGUCCGAAUUUACGGGAAACGUUGGAGUUACGCGAGCAUUUGUGUUUGUUUGUUUGUUUUCUUCGUCUAUGUAUUGGGAGGGUGAGAAAAGAACCUCUUUUUGGAAGGUGUGUCAGCCAAGAGAAAUGUUGUUUUGUUUGUUUGCUUGUUUGUCCGAAUGUUCCCGGGGAAUGGAUGCGAUUUUGUCCUUUUUUGUACUCGAGGAGGGAUUUGAUGUGGUGGCGCACCGGACGAGCAUUUUUUGUGUUUGCGUUUGAUUGUUUUUUUCCUAUUUGCCCUGAUCGAUGUACGUUGAUAGCCCAAAGAACGAGUCAGGUUCUUACUCGCUAGUUGGUAGACGACACAGUCGAGCGAAAUUUUCAGAGUUUAAUUGUACAGAGAUAUUAUUUGGAGUAAUAAAAAGGGAACGUUUUACCGGCUGGUCACACUGACGAAAAAAAAAACAACGGGAC